CUACGAUAUACGAUCACGGUUACGAAGAAAAAUCACUUAUCGUGCAAGCUCAUACUUAUGGAUCUCGAUUGGAAUUCGUCACACUCCGUUUCUCUCCCCACGAUCACAACACCACCCAACCGACACGUUUCGUCGAUUCGAUUUGACCGUACGGGACGAGUCGCCGCGGCUAAAUAUCCUCCAACGACUCAAAAGCUUACGUAAAACCUAUAAACUUUUCCUCGUAUCGCCUGCCCACCAAUCUACUACCGCUUGACUAUUCGCUUGAUUAAUAACGACACGUGAGCCGAAGCACGGACGAGCGCGGACGGCAAAGCGUGGGCCCACCUUCCACGUCCAAUAUCGCUAACGCGCGAUCAAGAAUAAUAUUUUAACACCGGGUCUCCUCCUCCUCCUCGUCCCCCCCUCCCGCGUGUAACAGGUGCCUCCUAUGCUCCUAUACACAUCACUAUCGCGAUAAUUCGCGUGACUUCGUUUAUAAUUCCCAACCGAUGACGUGUUCCCUCCCGAGCGACUCGUUUCCGCGAAACGAGGCCCGUGUAAUUCCGAGGAAAAAUAUUCGCGAUUUCGCUUAUCGGCAAGGCCGUCGAGGGAGAAAUAGUGUCGAGUUUGUUGGAAUUUCGUUGGAGGGAGGGGUGGCAAGGUUGGUCGACGAUCAAAGAAACAAUUUGUCGGACGAAAAGGAACAGAGAUUUCAAGGGUCAGUGGGAACGCAAGGGAGAGGUGUGUGUGUCUACCAGGAAGAAAUCCCCGUUUUCUUCGAAAUAAAAGCAGGAGGGUGGGAAUAUAGAUGGAAAAGCUCGUUCCUAUCGUAUUUAUGAGCCAGCUCCGAAACACGUAUAUAUAAUAUGAAUAGAUAAUGUUACGUUUAAUAUAAUGUUUCAAAGCUUAGAAGUUUUGUACAGUAAAAUCGAGUGUGGAUAAAGAAACGAAGAUCUAAGGAAACCUGUUCACAAAAUCAAUACCGCGCUCUUAUUGAUAGAAGUUGCCGCGUGAUACUCGUUAAAAUUGCGACGAAGAUCGUGGCCCAUUCGCGAAAAUACGAGCGAGAAAUUGGUCGAAAGCUCGGGUCGCGCGCUCCUCGAACGAGAGAAGAAAUCCGUCCCCUUUGAACAUCCCCCUCCGUCGAUUCUUCCCGCGGGAAGAGGGAGAAAAAUACUUUCCUUCGAUUCUCCUCCUCUCUUCCUUUCGCUUCAUUCGUUCCCGGUGGAGAAUCGACACCCGAAAAUCGCGAGGCAUUGGCACGCAAUCAAGCGACGACAUUCUGUGCCGAAUCUUCGCGCACGGAGAAGGGUGGAGAGGAAACUCCACCCCUUCCCCUCUCCAAUCGAAUUAAUCGCGGCGUGUUAGCAGCUGUCGACGCGUCGUCGUUGCGACGGCUUCCGAGAAUUUCCUUUCCUUUCGUUCGUUUCGACAAUGCGGCGAAAUAGAGGACUGCCAUUUCUUCUCGAUCAAUAGGGAAAAGAUUGCACGAAACAACGAUUAACGAGGGCGCCCCCGCAGGACGGUGGAGGGAAAAGGGUGUAUCGAGGGUGUGCGCGCUCGUUGACAGGGUUGCUUUCGAAUAGAAUCGAUCGAAAAUCGAAUUCUCCGAUUGCAGGGUAGGGCAAGGUUGCAGUUGGAAUCGUUCGAGUUCGUGGCCAGAUCAUAAAGCUCUCGUUCUACUACGAGUGAAGUUGUACUACCGCGAAGACUUGUUCCCAACUUCUCGAGAAUGAAACAGUUGGACAAAAAAUAUUUGUUUAUCUUUUAUUAAGUCUUUCCAUCUCGACGCCUCGACGGAUAUUAUCUCUUUGCGAGACAAUUUUUAUUCGAUAAAUGUGAAAUAACGUGAAAUAGAAAUUUAAAUAACGCGAAAUUAGCCAAGUAUGCAAACUUCUACGUCUCUCGAAAAACGCCUCGUUGUUAGUCAUCGUCGAUUACGUAAUCUCAUCGCGUACGUGCAAGUGAACAUGUAGAUAUCUCCACAAAAGAAAAAAAAUAAGCAAGAUUAACGAUAUGUUUUCUUUUUGUUUCGUUUUUCUUUUUUUUUUUUCGGAGAACACGUUUUCAAAGUCACCGACAAGACAACGACUCAUUGGAACGGAAUGUGGCGUUGUUCCAUCGAUCAAUUUUCCUGAAGAAUUUUUCUUCGAGAAAAAUCAUCGAGUCGUUUUCGGUAUCGAUCGACUGUCACACAAUGUUUACGUGAAAAAGCCGAAUCGAUUAAAGAAAAAGAGAUUUUACAGAUUAAAACUCUGUUGUGCAAAGAUAUCACAAGUUUAUCUUUCAAAUUAUUCUUCCUUCUAUGUACGAAGUCUGCUCUUCUCGCUUCAUUUUACGUAAAAAUUAAUAUAGCGUGUUAGCGUAUAGAUUUUGCCAGACGGAAAAAAUACUCGUCCCCUCCUCUCUAUCAUUAAAAAUGGCUCCACAACUCGACGAGAACAGAAUACAUUAUUAUUCCCACUAACGACUAACAAACGUUCGUAUAAUUGGCGUAACGUUGCUCGGAUUACUAGUUUAAUAUAUAACUCGGCUAGAAUUCAGUUACAAGUACGCUUCACACUACUCGAACACGAAACAAAUUCAAAUAUUUAAACGUGGAGAUCAGACGAUCGUAGAGUUCGAAUACAUCAAGUCGGAGAAUUCAAUUGACGAAAUAUAAAUGAUCCAAGUACGUACGACUCAAAUAUGCAUGAUCCGUCUAGGAUGAAUCGAGAUAGGAUACCGAGACACAACCGAAAUUAUCCAAGUUCGAAUAACUGGGAGGAUAACCGUGAUUCCGACUAGGGAUCUGUAGUCCCUCAAGAAACAGUUCUUCGCGAAAUAACUUUCCAUCGAAAUUCCCGCCCGCCAACUUUCGCAUUAUCUCGAUCUUGUGUAAAAAUCUCAUCGGUUAAAUUUUUAUUUGUGCGAACACCCGAUAGACACGCACCACUUCGCGCGUAUUGCGUUUCUCUCCUCCCCUCCCUCUCUCUCUCUCCUUCUCGUUCCCUUGGCUGGCAGCAAACAACUUACAUAAUACCGUAUAUUUAUCCACCGGCACGAGUUUACUGCACUACCGACACCGUUCUCGCUCUGUCUUUCUCGUCUCGUAGUUCCGCCGCACGCAGCGAGGGGAAAAGCGCGAGCGUGGCCGAGCAUACGUGUUCAUUACGUAGCCCUGGAGCAGUCGGUCGACCGGGGAAAACACGUGACGCGUCGACGUCUCAUUAAGAAACGACGCCGGCGUUCGUUCCUUCUUUUCGACCCGGCCUCGUCACGAAGGGAGAGAUUAUUUAUCGACGCGUGCUCGUCCACCAGAGGCACGCCUAAUUAUCUUGGAUAACGUGAUUUGUGCUGUUCGAGUAUCUUUGUUGAUAUUUCGCAUAUAUCGAACGAAAAAAUUCGUUUUUCAAACGCGGACGACUAUCACCAUGAUUUGUAUCGAAUUUUCCCUCCCAACGAUUUCCGCUUCGUCGAUCGUAAUCGUAUUAUCUCUGUCUCUCUCGCACCACAGAUAUAUUUAUUCGUAUUUAUCUCGAGAUUCGAUUUCACCGUACGUAAAAUAUCGCUUUACGAUAUCUUAACAAUAUUAUAUCCACGACACGUAUCGAUAUUCGUCGAUAAUCUAUUUCGAAGCGUUUCGCGUAACGGGCAAACCUCCGCGUUUUUAAAAAUCUCCUCGAUCGAGACGUUAGAAUAGUCCCCUUGAAUAUCGUUUUCCUCGUCCACGAUAUUCCUCCAUCGCUCUAUUAUUCCAACCACGCGUACGACUCUACGGCUCGUUCGGAACGUAGUGAAAUUCCAGCCGGCGAGUAUAUCCAGUGGAUCUCAAAAAGCUCUAUUAUUCCAUCGAGCUCCACAUCUUUAUCGAGCGGAUCGAGAGCGCACACGCAUUCCUAUCGCGUAUCUCCGACAACGAGAUAACUCUCCCCCCCUCGAGUCUAGGAGGAGGAGAGGGGGGAGGGAGCGUCCACGGAGGAGGCGCGUUAUCGCCUCUUCACGAAGUUGCAAGCGCUCGUGCGAAGACACGCGCUUGAGAUAACAGCGCCAAGCGGGCGCUGAGAAUAGACGCGAGACGGUAAACAAGCGUCGAUGCCAGACGAUAGCGCACAACCUAGCCCAAGAAAAACCCGAUUGUCGAGCUAUAACGUUUCCGAUACGACGCAGAAGCGCGAGUGUUUACACGUCGCGGCGCGGACGUUUCCAUUCGUGGCAUGGUAGAGGGAAUCGUAGAUGCACGGGCUUCGACGAGGUCGUUCGAGCAUGGAGGGAGGGGGAAAAACUACGUUUGUUUUCGCUACCGAACACUACCGUGCGUGUGAAUUUAAUUGGAGAUUUGGGGAAGAUAAGAGAAGCUCGCGUACGCGUCCAAAUACACGCGUGUUCGAUUCGAAGAACGUUGACACGUUGAAUGAAAUAUUGUGAAAUGAUUUUUGUAAUGAAUUUAAAGUAUUCGCCGAUAAGAAGAAGUCGAGUUCCGCGACUGUGGAUUCGUGUGGGGGGAAAUUUAUGGAAUUUGCGUGUCGAUCGAAAGACGUGAAAUAUUCGAAGGAGAUUUUAUUUUACGCAUUGUGAUUUUUAUGAAUUAGAAAUUAGGUGGAGGAAGUUGUGAGGUUAGUUGCAGCCCGAGUCUAUCUCUAACUGCGGUUUUAUUAGCGGAGAAUCGAAACGUUACGUAAGAAUCUACGGAACGCAUUUGAUAUGCAAAAAUAUCCAAGAAAUUGUACACAUAUAUUACGAUUCUUAUGAAUUUAACAUAUUUCAAGCUAUAAAAAAAAAAGAAUAAUGUUGAAAUGUUAUUCAGCGAUGCAAAGUCCGUCGAGUUUUAUCGACGAGUCGUUGGAAAAUUAAAACAUUGUACGAGACAUCUACGGAACGCACUCGAUGCGAAAUUUUUAAAAUAGACCCUCCUUAAACGCAGUUUCGUAAAAAUUGAAAUUUGCACGACUCUUAUUCGCGAUGAUCGUAAGAAACGAUAGAAAGAACGACGAGUGCAAGGAGGACGAGUUACAUCGGCGAAGUAGAAUUGAUUUGUCUUCCACGAGAGGAGAACACACGAAGUCUCCUCUCCGCCACGAAUCGGCCAAUUAUUCGACGCGAAAGACUCGUUAUCCAAUUUGGCUAACAAGGAGAACGAUUGAACCGUCCGCCUCCUAUUUUAACGAGCUUCUGGAUGUCGCGAGCACACCGCGUUAUAUCUUUAACCCCCUUUUUCGAUCCGUUUAACAUUCCCGAUUCUCCUUCGCAUCCACUAGCCUAGAAAAUCGAAUAAAUCGCAAUUUGAAAAUGGUCAUUCGAUUCGAAAUCGAACUAAGAAUACAAACUACGAGGGAAGAAGAGAGAGGCGAUUUUGCACUCCAUAAACUCACCGAGGCAACGAUCCUCGGCAUCCCCGCGGCCAGAUAUUCAAACCGAUCGUCUUCGAUAUUCAUUCUAUUCGCCAAGGCCGAAUCGACGCGUUGGUUGCGGCGCAAAAGAACGAAAAGCCGGUCUCUCGCAAUGAUUCACGGAACGAGAAUGAGGAGGAUGUGUGUAUAUAUAUAUAAAGGGAGACCACGGUCCAUCACGUAGAGGGGGCGCGCGCGCGCGCGUAGCCACGUAGCCGGUUUAUUGCGCGCGAGCGAGCAAGUUCAUAAGAACGUGACGUAACAGAUAACGUGACACGACACCGUUUUCUCAAAUGGAUCGCGCGGGACAAUUCGCGUGGGCUAGCAUAAUAUCUUUCCUGAUCGUUGACGAGGUGUGAUACAACCUCGUCGAAGAUCGCCGCACUAACCUAGCGCAAUGGAAAAACCAGUCCUCUCCACACCUUCGUGGAGUCGCGAUAACGCGGGGGAGAGAGGAAACGGAUUCUCUUAAUGACACAAAUACGCGACCUUUUUCCACGGUUCAACGCGCUUCUGGGUUACGCUCAACCGUGAACUUUAUACCCCCGCGAGAUAGAGAACUACUAUCUCUGGGUCGAUGGGAAAGCUCGGAUUCCUUUUCUUUUCUGCCAUUCGAUAUUCCUUUUUCUCGCUCGAUUUUAAUUUAAAUUAGAAAAAUUAGAGGGAGAGACGCACACUUCGAAACAGCGAUCAUUCCUCGGAAUGUAAGGAGAACAAAAUAAUUUUUCACUUAAAAAUAAGAAGAGGGGGGACAUGAAAAAUACCAAGAGAAAGAAAUUGCAGAAAUGGAAGGAAAAUUUCAACUCGACGGGUAGUACGAGUUGACGAGGUCGGGGUCAACACGUCGCGGCAGAAGAGGCGAUCGUCCUAUGAGCGAUAACGAGAGUAGAAACCAACGAUCCAUCCACCAAUCAGAAUCUACGCAUCGUGUAGUGAAACGGAUAAACGAUAGACUCGUAGGGGAUACGUAUCGUUGCUUUAUCACAGAGUCGGUCGCCGAGCUACACACCACACACACACACACCACACAUAAUACAUAUGUAUAUAUAGUCGUAGAUGACUGGGGAGGGGGAAGAGCAUCUAGUGGCGUGUGUAUCGGUGAGCAGGCGCGUGCUGGUUGGCUGGCGCGUAAGAAUAGAGCUAGUAAAUAGCUCGGCCGGCUCGAACGAUAUUACUAACCUAGCCCAACGGUGUUACGACACGAGCCGAGUCGACCCUGACGCAAAAGUAGCAGCGCGCGCGCUAGCCUAGCCUAGGAGCUCGAGAAGCGGUCGUUGACUGAUUAUUUUAUGCGCUCGAUGCAAGUGCGCUACAUAACUCCGUCCUCUGUGUAGAUUCUGACUCGCCAAAUCGGAGCCCGAUUCGAAUCGUUCGUAUAACCGCUCGUCAAUUGAAUUUUUUCUCCAAUUUUGCAUGCGAAAACAAACGUAUUUUAAAGGUUAUGACGUGUUUACAUAACGAUCGUUGGUUUUUUCGUUGGUAAAAAUAUGCUUGAAAUUAGAUUAGGAGAUAUUUGGAGACAAUUUUUUGUGGUAGAGAAAUAAAGUAAACAACGAUGUAAGUUGAUCGGUAUCGAUACGAAAUUAUCGAUACAACAAUUUUUGGAAUGUUUAAGAUAUAAGAAGAUAAUGAUAUUUCCGCGAAAUACAAAGAAAAUUGUCGGGGAAAUUGCUCGACGAUAAAAAUACCACGAGGAAUUGGUAAAAUUUCAAGUUAAUUUGGACCUAUUUAAUCGAUCGUUUUAAAAUUGUUACGCAAGUCAAGGUUAAACUUUUAUCGAAUUUUUAUUCGUUAUUAUAUUGUUUUUAACGAUUGUCUUCAAGGAUGAUAGAUAAUUUAACGUAUAUAACGUGUAUACAUCGGUUUAAAAAAUUCGAAAACAUCAGAAUUUUGACAUUAGAAGCGGAAACAAGUUCAGGAAACAGAAAACAAGAAAAAGAAUAAUCAUGUUUCGAUACAUUUCCGUCUACGUUCUCGUUGCUAUCAUCGUUUAUAUCGAUGCGAAAGGUGUCCCAAUAUGCGGACACAAUGAAAAACCGAACAUAUGCGGAGAAGGUCUCUGUCCACCAACUUGCUGUAAUCCAAACGGAAUAUGUCCCCCCUUUAUAGGUAUAGGACCUGUUUGCACAUGGUCUACGACAGGAGGUUGUCGAUGCGUUAACGGCACCAUUAAAAACGAAAAUAAUAAUUGUGUACCGCUUUCAGAAUGUCCACCUGGGAUUUGUUCUGAAAAAUGAAUUCAACAAUGUUAAUCUAUAUAUACCUAUCUAUAUCAGAAAAGUAGAAGAUAAAUAGAAGAUCCUCGUAUAGCUAUCACUGUCCAAGUAGAAAAUAAGUCUUGUGUCAAAUAAAGAGACUAUAAUACCUAAUAAA